CUUUAACUACAGAAGAGUUUUUCUUGCAGACAACGUAAACAGAAGAUGGCUGGAAUUUAAUAUUAAUAUUUUGAUCUCUACAAUUUGUUCAGUUGCUGUGUAUUCGGUACAAAUAAAAACUAUUUGAUUAUUAGAGUUUUUUUUUUCAUUAAUAAUGAAAUAAUUUUGUGCCUUUUACUUUUACUUUUAAAUCGUUAACUAACUAUAACAAUUUAAUAAAAUAAUUCAUAUUAUUUUAUCAGAUCAUAUUUUAAUUUUUUGUUUUAAAUAUUUUUAUCAAUAUAUACAUUUAUAAGUAGCCUAUAUUAUUAAUUAUAUUAAUACUAUUAUAUUAACCUUAGCAGUAACUUUGCACUCAAAACUCAUGACAAAUGACAACUCAGAUAAUUGGUUUUGUAACUAAAACUGUGAGUGAGUAAAUGAAAGAAUGGGCUAUUCGGACCCGGGUUUGGAGAUCGGUUCAGAAAACACCUCUAUAACAUAAAUAAACAAGCUCUCUGUCUGGUCUCCAAACAUUUCAAUAGCCCUAACCAUGAGGGAAUCUCAGACAUCUCAGUUACUCGUAUAUUGUAUACCAGUAACACAACAGAUAGGAUUUACAUGGAGAAUACAUUAAUUACACUUACUACACAUUUUGGUAUGUAGUCUCCAUAUGGAAUAAACCAAAUCCACAAUUUUACCUAGCUACCAUGUCUUUUUCCUGUUUGGUUUUUACAAUUUUGUCCAAAUCACUUCAUUUCCACUUUUCUUUACUUUGUUUCUGCCUUUUUUUUCGCCCACUCCUAUUUUUUCUCCCCUUUCUAAGGUAGGAUAUCUGUAUAUAAUAGUAGGCCUAUAUAUAUAACAUGUAAAUGUAAUUUAUACUUAUUUAAUUGUCUUUUUGUUGUACUGUUGAAGGCAUGUGCCGAAACGUGUACUUUUGGAUUCUGUAAAAUUAUUAUUAAAGCUUACCUUAUAUUGUUAUAUUGAAACAAAUUGUUGGUUUCUAAUUAAUCCCUGUUAACGUAAUGGCUAUUCGGACCCGGAGUGGUUCCAUAUAGAUUAAUUGGCUUCGGAUCAGGGUGCAGUAGUAGUAUGAUAAUUUUUUUUUUUAAUUAUUUUUUUUCUCAUUGUUAUUUCAUAGAUUCAUAGAUCUAGUUUUAUUCUUUUUCUUUUCUUUUUGUUUUGUUAAAGUUCUAAAGAGAGCUUGGCUUAAUCAGAACAAAACCUCACCUUUUUGCUGGCAUUGGUAGUAAUAUUAUACACCUGAAUACCAACUGUUUUUCCUGAUAACUAAUUCGUAACUCAAAUCUCUCGAUAAUCUUUCUCAUACUUGACUUAAUUCACAAGAUAGUUGGAAUGAACAUCUUGAAGGAUGCAAUUGCAUAAAGCAUGAGAAAUAGACUUAUUAUUUUGAAGGGCUAGUCCUUUUUUUCAACCAUACCUAGCUUACUGGGUGUAAAACACAGGCACAUGAUUAAAAAUUUAAUAAUAAUAAAAAACUUCAGUGAAAGUGGCUUGUAAACAUUUUUGUUUAGUUUGUUAUUUGAGUUUGUGUACCAUUAAUCCAUAAAAUAAAUUAGGGACCAGUAUGGAGUAGGCAACCGAUAAAAGUAAAAGAUUUCAUUUUAAAUUGUUUAAAUUGCUACAAAAUAUUUAAAAACCUCAUGAAACUAAUGUUGCAAAUGAACAUGAUAAUAUAAAUAUAAUAUAAAAUGGGGGGAAAAAAAAUCGAUCCCACACUGGGAAUUGAUCUCAAAACAUAAUAUCGCCAAGCGGCCACUGUACCACAAGACCACACAAGAUCUUCUUUAUCAUGAAUAAUAUCUUAAAACCAUGCCAAUGGGACAUUUUUGCUGCGGUGUAACCGUCACAUGAUCAACGGAAAAUGGACCCCACGUGAUCAGCCGGGUCCGAAAAGCGAUUUUGGCUUACAGGACCCGGGUCCGAAUAACCACUUCAUAAAUUAAAUCAGUGUGAAUCACUGAUAAUGUGAAAUAAAUGGGUUUGAUUAAAAUAAAAAUUGUUUGAAUUUAUAACUCAUAAGUCAUAGUCGGUAAAAGAAGACCAGGGCAGGUAGAAAAAGUUUCAUGGAAGUGUUAUUAGACUGUUAAUUAAUAAUUAUAAGUUGUGUAGUGUACUGAUUUACAGAUUAUAAAUUAUAGAUUUAGAUAAGGGAUAUUUGGAACGCCCUUCCUGUCGAUCUCAGAAACAAACAGACACUGGAGUCCUUUAAAACAGAUUUAAACACACAUCUAUUUCGCAAACACCUUCUGGGAUGAUUGUCAACCUUAUUUUCCAGUUAAUGCAUAAUGGCUGUGUUGCUUGGGGUUGAAAUGGCUAGAAAGACUUUGCAAUUGUAUGCUAGUAAUUAGUUUUUGUAGUGUUGCGUUUAUUUUAAAUGUUGUAAAUUAUAGAUUUGUAUUUCAUUGACUUUGUACAGCGCUUCGAGCCUUUGGGGAUGAAGCGUGUUUUUGAAAUAAACUUUAUUAUUAUUAUUAUUAUUAUAUCUUGAAUUUUUCACAAAUCACUAAGUCCAAUGUUAUGAAUGUUAAACGGUAAACACUAUUCACUAGGCUAUAUUAUAUACUAUCCAAGACUAUCCCUAUAUAAUAUAUAUAAUGUAUUGUGAAAGGUCACAGAUCAUGGCAACCAAGUUGGCCGUUGUGUAAAAAAAACCACAUCUGCUAAAAUGGGGAGGGGAAAGGGAGAGGAAUGUGCUAGAUUAGCUAUUUAGAGAGAGAAAUGAAUGUCAGAAUAAAUUGUUAAAAUUUAAUUAAAUAAUUUCGACUGGUACAUAAAUUUUGGGGCAUGCAAAGCUACUUUAUUGUAGGCUAUGCAUCUAUAUAUUUGGCAAGGAUCGUCAACAACCUACAGUCACCCCCUUUCCUUGCAUAUUUCCGGCAGUACAUGCUCGUUUCCCUCAACUAAAAGACGUAUGUGGCAACAUUUUCACACUGGUUAAGAAAAAUAUAAAAAUGAAGAAAAGCAAUAUAAAAAAAAUUAUAAAACAAUGAAAAGCCAACUUAGUUUCAUAGAAUAAACUUUUACACACUUUAUUUCACUUUCCACAAAAUCCAAAAGUUUCAGAAAAUCAAUGAUUAUACAAUAUUUUCCAAAAUGUUUGAAAAUUUAAAUAUUACAAUUAACCAACCAGUUAAAUUUUAAUUUAAAACACAACAUCGUCAUUAAAAGAAAAAUUCACUCUAGUAACAACACUUUAAGUCAUUAAAGAGAUUUUAGUCAUUUUAGUUUGUGUAGUCACUGUAGUCUGGUGAAUUUCGGACUUGUUUUGUCCCUUAAAUUUACAUAACCAAUUAUGUAAUUAUAUUUAUCCAUUUAUAGUAUUAAUUACGUAUCAGAGCAAAUUUGUGAGUGUAGGCCUACACAUUUUAUCAGUUCUUCUUUAUUGAAUCAAUUAUUGGUUAAUAAUUGUAAUAGCAAUAAUAAUAAUUAGGGUUCAGACCCCCGGAGCGGGAAAAACCUAGUGUCACACCCCCCCCCCCAAAAAAAAAAAAGCAACAAAGUUCCAUGAUGGAUUUCUUCUUGUUAAAAUAAGUCCACAGUUUAACAAUGACAAGAACAAAAAGCACAUAAAUUGAAGGUCAUGAGGUCAAUGUGUUUAAAAACUGUACCAUUUUUAAGUUAUAGGAAUAUUUACAUGAAAUUUCCUUUUUAAAAAAUUUUCCUUUCCUUGUCUUGAUCGCAGUAUUUUCUUGUCAUUUUGCAUCAUCCUGUAUAUCCAUUUUUUUGUUGGUUCGCGAACACCUUUAGAUUUUGCAUUUUGUUUUGUCACUACGCUGAAUGCACCGUCCUUGUUCUGAAACAAGGUACUCCAUAUUUUAAUAAUUUCAGACCGAAAAUAAUCUGGAACUGGUACAUUCCAGAGAGAAUCAUCUGAUAAAAUGAGACAGUUUUUUGUCCUUAAUCCUUACACUUACAGUAUCUUGUUUUGAAUCAACAUAAUUAGCAGACAUUUCUGUUUCCAAAUCAUCAAUGUCUUUUACUUGUGUUUUCAUGCCGAUCUCUUCCAUUUUCUCCGUUAUUUGCUGAAAAGAACGCCUGCUGCUGGCAUCGGUAGAAUAAGUAUCAAUGUUAGGCUGAGGAACGUCUUUUGAUGAACCCUGACCCUGGUCAUCAUUUGGGUUCUUGAUAUCGAAGUAUGUAUUCUGGUAGGGAUUUUAGUAUGUUGCGUAUUUUCCUUUUUUGCUUUUCACUGCUGACAGCCACAUGGCCGUUCAGAUUUGUGCAUGCCGUGUGGCAUGAUAUACUAAUCUUAAACAAUAAAAAUGCUUUAAUUUUCUCAUGUUAAAGACAACAAACAAAAUAAUUACUGACGACAUUUAAAAAAACAACCGUCAGAGCACUGUCCAAAAUACAGCACAGAAAGGUAGCAGGUAAAACCCAGCAUUCGAAAUAUGACAAUCGAGCUCAAAUGUUAAGGGGCGAUACUAGUGACGAAUGGGGGGAAAUAUUUAUUUUUGAGUAUUUCUGUGUUUUGAUAUAUAAUAUUAAAUAAGUCAUCAUUUUUUUAACCCCUAAAUGGGGGGGGGGGGGGGAAUCAUUUUUAUGUUUUUAAUUUUUACCUAUUCUUAUACUUAGAAUCGCCCGACCACACCAUAUUUGGUAUCAAUGGAAAGCCCCAUUUCUCAGAAUUCAGAUAAAUAUAGCCUCCUGUCAUUUACAGAAGUUGCUGAACACUGCAAUAAUCGGCAUGGAAUUAUGACUGUGUUUUUCUGACCUAAACAUAGGCUCAUCUUAUUUCUGACGCAUCAACCUUGAAAUUUUAAUAAAGCGCGCAUUUGGAUUGGUUACAUUUGUGAAAAAUGUAUGUGUGACCGGAUAUUCUUUUAUGAAUCUUGGUUAGACGGAGCAGUGUGUGCUCUGUAAAUAUGCAAUUUUUCAAUUGGGUGUCACCCCUAAAAUGGUGUCACCCGGUGCGUUCCGCACCCCCCUCGCAAUGCAACUGCAUAUGGGAGAAUAUUAUUACUAAAAUUAGACCUAGGCUAAAUAUUACAUAUAGAAUAUAGGUCUAAGUCUUUAGUACAGUAUUAUCCUCACUAUAAAUUGUUGUAAAGUAUGCUAGUUCCUACUAAAUUUUGAUUGCUUACAUCUGGUUAUAUAGGCUAAUUAUUAUAAUAGUACACUGUCUAAACUGUCAUUUAAAAAUGGCCCAUAAUUUGGCUACCAAACAUGAAUAAUAUUUCUGGUACCCCAAGAAAGCUUAACAAUGUUAUGAUUUCCUGAUACCAAGUUCAGCCAUACAUUAUAAGGAAAUUACAAGCUAUUUUAUAACAAGAAAAAAAUUAUCAGAUGCUAUCAAUAACUGAUAUCUAGGCUAAGUAAAAGGUGUGGGCUAAAUGAAAUGAGAAACUACGUAAUUCUGCAGUCUUUUCAGUAUAGUCACUAUAGCAGGUGACAGGUAAUAAAUAUACUAAAAAAGCUAAUGCUUAAUUUUAAUCAGAUAUUAUAGCCUUACUUCUACUAGCAAGUAAUUGCAAUAACAAUUUAAUAGUAGAUAUUGGGCCUAUAAUAAUCUGUUUAGACUUAGACUUAAUUAAUACUACCAUUUUACCUUAUAAACCUUUCUGUUUUUUUUUUAAUUACCAGGUUAAUUAUUUUAAGUGGAAUUCAUAAUUAAAGAAAUUUUUUUUUUUUUUUUUUUUUUUUUUUAUUUUUUUUUUUUUUUUUUUUUAUUUUAUUUUAUAAUUAAAAAAAUUUUUUUUUUUUUUUUUUUUUUUUUUUCAGCAGGAGAAUAUCUAUUACUGUGGGAAUUUUUUAUUGCAAUAGCUUCUUUAGUUGAAUAUGCCAUUUUAUUAUGUAAAAAGGUGUUGGUUUAAACAAUUGUCAUUACUCACCAAACCCUAUCCAUGUUUGAUAUAUAUAAGUUAAUUCAUAAUCUAUGUGUUUUAUUUCUUUCUAUAUUGUUGCAAAAUUUGGUUGCAGUAUAUUUCAAUGCAAGAAAGUUACAAACUAAUUAGUUUUAAAAGGAGAAAACUUCAUUCAUAGUUUUUAGAAUUAACCCUCUUCAGAUGGCUGGGCAGAUCUACCGGCCCAGAUUGUAUGGUAAAUAAGACAAAAGGCCCAUCAAUCUUUCCACUGACAAAAGCCUGGAUAUUAGCUGCAUUAUCAAUAGUCCCACUGACAAAAGCCCGGAGAUUGGCUGGAUUCAUCAAUCAUCCUACUGACAAAAGCCUGGAGAUGGGCUGGAUUCAUCAAUCAUCCUACUGACAAAAGCCUGGAGAUGGGCUGGAUUCAUCAAUCAUCCUACUGACAAAAGCCUGGAGAUGGGCUGGAUUCAUCAAUCAUCCUACUGACAAAAGCCUGGAGAUGGGCUGGAUUCAUCAAUCAUCCUACUGACAAAAGCCUGGAGAUGGGCUGGAUUCAUCAAUCAUCCUACUGACAAAAGCCUGGAGAUGGGCUGGAUUCAUCAAUCAUCCUACUGACAAAAGCCUGGAGAAUGGCUGGAUUCAUCAAUCAUCCUACUGACAAAAGCCUGGAGAUGGGCUGGAUUCAUCAAUCAUCCUACUGACAAAAGCCUGGAGAUGGGCUGGAUUCAUCAAUCAUCCUACUGACAAAAGCCUGGAGAAUGGCUGGAUUCUCUUCCUACCAGCUAAUUAGAUUACUUCUCACUUUUUUUGUUCAUCUCAACAUUUUAAUGGGCACUUCCAUUGUAAUUUUGUGGUGUUCUAUUAUUUUAUAUCAAUAUUCUUGUGCGCCUAGUGACCCCUAAAAAUGCUUUUAAAAUAUGUUACCGGUACUUUGAAAUAUACUGAACAGGAUAAGAGCCCCAGGGUAAUAUUUAAUGCAUUUUUUCACAUUGAAUUUCAUUCAAAUAUGGGCAAGGACUUAUUUAGGCUUCAAAAAUCGUAAAAUUUAACACAAUUCUGUAAGUUAGACAAUUUUAUUCUAAGUGUACUCAAAAAUUGCAGGCAUAAAUGAUGCAAAUCAGGCUGUCUCAUUUGCAAAUAUGUUGAGAUUGCAGUUAGAGUCAUAAAGAUUGUAUUCGUUUAUUCAAUUCCCUACAAGAAUAUAUCUAGUUUUAAAUUUGUAAAGUGAUUAGUUUAUUUUUUAUAAAUUCUUUUCCAAAGUAAAUACACAGCUUGUGAAAGGGCCCUGUCUUUUUGGCACAGACAGUCCAAAAUGGCUCCAUCUCAAGAGGGUUAAUUAGGCCUAAAUGGGAAAUGGCUUAAAAAUGCAAUUACAAAAUUCAUAACAUUUCUUUAAUAAAUUCUAUUUAGGUUUUUUAUUUUUUUCAUGCCUAAAAUUUGAUUUUUUUCCAAAGCUCCUAAUUGUUCCUGGAAAAUAUGGAUGUACUAAAGCCACACAUUAUUCAUGUGGGAAAUAGAUGCUAUAGACAAAAUCCUCUUAAAUAUGGUGCAAGUUUCAAUCCUGAAGAAGAAAGUUUUCAAGAAGGUAUUUAUUACAUCACUUUUUAAUUUUCUUUGCUACUUUCAAUAGUAUCUGUGAUGUAGAUCUGCUCUUAUAUUUCUUAGAUUUAUAUUUAUUUAUUUAUUUACAGUUAAGAUUAAAACAAAACUAAUUGAUAAAUAAAAGUAACUCUGGUCAAAAGUUUGCUCUUAUAAAUAUGUUUAACUCUCACAAAAAAAUUUUAAAUAACUAUGGAGCGUUUUAAAAAAAUUUUGUAAGUUUAAAGAUAGAUACCAAAUAAUAUUUCAAAAUAUAUAAGUGCAUGAAAAUUUUACUUUUUUAUGGAUAAUAUCAGUUUCUGAUUUUCCAUAAAGAUUAUAUAUAAAGAGCAACAUGAAUCCAAAAUUGUGCACAUAUUUGCUAAGAAUCCUUUUAAAAAAAUCAAUGGCUCCUUUUGUUGUAUUUCAUCCAAAAAAUUAUGUCUUGGAAUAAUGGCUUCUUUUGUUGUAUUUUAACUAAAACAUCAUGUCUUGGAACAAUGGCUUCUUUUGUUGUAUUUCAUCCAAAAAUUAUGCCUUGGGACAAUGGCUUCUUUUGUUGUAUUUCAUCCAAAAAAUUAUGUCUUGCAAUAAUGGCUUCUUUUGUUGUAUUUCAUCUAAAACAUCAUGUCUUGGAAUAAUGGCUUCUUUUGUUGUAUUCUAACUAAAUCUUCAUGUCUUGGAAAAUGGCUUCUUUUGUUGUAUUUCAUCCAAAAAGUUAUGUCUUGGAAUAAUGGCUUCUUUUGUUGUAUUUCAUACAAAAAAUUAUGUCUUGGAAUAAUGGCUUCUUUUGUUGUAUUUCAACUAAAACAACAUGUCUUGGGAAAAUAGUUUCUUUUGUUUUAUUUUAACUAAAUCAUGUCUUAGAAUAAAUUGCUUCUUUUGUUGUAUUUCAACUUAUACAUCAUGUCUUGGAGUAAUUGCUUCUUUUGUUGUGUUUCAACUAAAUUAUCAUGUCUUGGAAUAAUGGCUGCUUUUGUUGUAUUUCAUCUAAAACUACAUGUCUUGGAAUUAAUGGCUUCUUUUGUUGUAUUUCAUCUAGUACAUCAUGUCUUUUAAUUAAUGGCUUCUUUUUUUGUAAUUCACCUAAAGCAUCAUGUCUUGGAAUAAUGGAUUUUUUUGUUGUUUUUUAUCUAAAAAAUGUAUUUGAAUAAAUGGCUUCUUUGUUGCAUUGUACCUAAAACAUUAUGUCUUGGAAUAAUGGCUUCUUUAGUUGCCAGCAAUCAUUAAUUACAGCACUAAGGAAAUUCACAACUUUAUCACAGAUUAAGAUCCACUUGAUAUCUAUAUUUUUUGUUUGAAAUUGCAGAUAUCACUAACUUUUUUUAAAAAUAAACUUCUUUUCAUCUUUAUGUAAAUAGUGUCACAGAAAUUGUUAUAGCAAGAUGAAAUAAGCCUCAAAAUUGUUUUAAAGAGAUACUAAAAUUAAAGUACCGGUAAUUAAGUUAGCAAUAGGAAAUUGCCCCUAUUUGCCUAUCACAUUCUAAGACUUAAAAGAACGAACAAAUUGCCCCUAUUUGCCCAUCACACUCUAAGACUUAAAAAGACCAACAAAUUUCCCAUCCCAUAUUUUCCAAUCACAUUCUAAGGCCUUAAGCCUUAAAAAGACCAAAAAAUUCCCCAUAUUAGCCCAUCAAAUUCCAAAGCCUUAGAAAGACCAGCAAAUUGCCCCUAUUUGCCCAUGACAUUCUAUGACCUUAAAACAUCAACAAAUUGCCCAUAUUUGCCCCUCACAUUUAAAUGCCUUAUUAAGACCCACAAAAUGCCCAUAUUUGCCCCUGACAUUCUAAGGCCUUAUAAAGUAGAACAAUGCAUUAUUAUGUCAAUUUACCAUAGGAGCAGUUAAAUAAAACAACAGCACAGCUUAGUUUUAAUUCAAAAUAAUUCUCAGCAGCAAGUAAGUGUGUUAGUACGAAGUGGAAAAUGUAGUGAAAUAUGAAAAAAUUAGAAAGCCUUUUAUCGCAAAUUUUGUGUAAUCAGCGUAGUGCCAAGUGUCUAACCUGACUACCGUCCAGUCUGAGAAACACCAAUCUAGGGUUUCAUUGGGUUUAUUUAGUUAAAAUAUAACUUAAAGUUGUUCGUAAACUGAGACAAAAUGCUCAUCAAUGUGUAUUUAUUGAUGUAACUUGGGUUUAUUUAGUUAAAAUAUAACUUAAAGUUGUUAGUAAAUUGAUACAAAAUUUUCAUAAAUGUGUAUUUAUUGAUGUAACUUGCAUCAGACUUAAAUUAUUCUUACAGAUCUGAAAUUGGAGCUGAAUUUUGCUGAUGAGUUUUGUGACAGCACUUUAGAUAUAACUGAAACAAAGAGAGGAUUAAGUUUGUCACUGCUGGUACCUGACACAUACUUUAAGUAUAUCAUUGGUAAAAAGGGGGAGACUAAAAAACGAAUGGAAGCAGAGACCCAGACCCAGAUUUGUGUACCUAAACCAGGAGACAGGCAGCAACAUCUAGGUAUGCAUAACCUUUUAUUUUAAUUUUUACAUUUAAUUACAUUUUAACUUUUUUAACAUCUCUCUCCCAACAAUACCUCUCUCCCAACAUCUCCUCUCUCUCAACAUCUCCUCUCUCUCAGCAGCUCAUCUCUCUCAACAUCUCCUCUCUCUCAACAUCUCCUCUGUCUCUCUCAACAACUCAUCUCUCUCAACAUCUCAUCUCUUCCAACAUCCCAUCUCUCAACAUCUCCUAUCUCUCAGCAGCUCAUCUCUCUUAACAUCUCCUCUCUCAUUCAAAAACUCAUCUCUUUCAAGUUUCAUCUCUCCCAACAUCCCAUCUCUCUCAACAUCUCAUCUCUCCCAACAUCUCCUCUCUCUCAAAAACUCAACUCUCUCAACAUCUCAUCUCUCCCAACAUCCCAUCUCUCUCAAUAUCUCAUCUCUCCCAACAUCUCCUCUCUCUCUCAACAACUCAUCUCUCUCAACAUCUCAUCUCUCCCAACAUCCCAUCUCUCUCAAUAUCUCAUCUCUCCCAACAUCUCCUCUCUCUAAACAACUGGUUCUGGUAAUGUUUUGUUGCUGCAUCCAUGUACUGGCAUCUUUGCAACAGUUGGGGGUAUGAUGUUGCUAUUCUAACAGCUCCUAGCUGAUGACAGGGCAACCUUGAAGCUUUCGACUGAUGUCGAGUUCACAGUGGCAUCGUUCAGGUUGUUCCACGCUAUUAUUGUGCGUGGGAAGAAAGAAUGUUGAUACUGCACUGUGUUGCACUGAGGCACUUUGAAGCAUUUGCUAUUGUUUCUGGUGUAAUUGUUUAUGGGAAUGUCACUGGUGAAGUCCGUGUUCAGUGAGCGUUUUGCUCUGAUCAGUCUACUCGGCUUCUGUGGGGUGAGGUACGUGCCUGCUGGGAUGGCCGGCACCAGUCCCAUGAUCACUUUAUAUAAGAAUGUCAUCUCUUCCAAACAAUUAUGAUCUUUUUUUCUCCUCUGCUAAUGAAAUACCAUUUUAACUUAAAGAUUAUAACAUUAAAUUUUAUGACAACCUACUUUUUAUCUGUUGAUCAGGAAAUGCUUUUCAAAUGACUACUCACUUUGAUUUUAAAAAAAUGACUUCUUUUUAAAUACAUCAAUAACCAGAUGAUAAAUCACUUUGAGUACAGUAAUUAUAAUUAAAACUCAAGGCAGCCUGCGGCUGAGGUUGAAUAGGUCCUUGGAGUCUGCAAGUUUACCUAGGAAACCUUCGGGGCUACACGCCUGCCUAACUAUGUGGAGCUACAGUUUAGGGUACAUGAUUACUUUUUCUCGGAUUCCUGCCUUUCCUAUCUAACCGAACUUAUUUCUGUCUAUUCACCCCUUCGACAGCUUCGCUCCUCCGCAGACAUGCGUAUUCUGUCCAUUCCCAAGACACACUAAACAUAUGGUGAACAAUCUUUCUCUUUCUGCGCCCCCAAACAAUGAAAUUCUUUGCCACUACACAUCCGCAAUAUACCAACCACCCAGGCAUUCAAAACUGCACUCAAGACACAUCUCAUUAAACUAUACUACCCUGACUGAUUCCCCUCCUCUGACCGAUAAAUGAUCUUGUUCGCUGGCGUCAAUGGUUUGCCUUGUAAAGUCUUGGGGUUCAUGCUGUUCUUUACUUCAUAAUUGUAUUAUAUUUUAAUGUCAUAAUUAUGUCUCUUUUGAUAAUAUUUUUGUGUACAGCGUGGUGAGCCCAGCCCUAGGCUGGGGUACCGCGCUAUAAAAGACAACUAAUUAUUAUUAUUAUUAUUAUUACAUCUGCCACUAAAGGAUUGUAGAUAUCGAUUAUGAAAUUUGCAACCCCCAUUAGGGACAGGUCUCCUAGGCAGCGGUUUCAUCACCCUCACUAGCUAGUUUUUGUGAAGUGAUGUUUAAAAUUAAACACUACUAAGAUCUAUGUGGUUGAUAGCUCUAGGGAAAACUUCCCAAGAAGAUACCAGUGAAGGUCCUCAUAUCUAAUUAGCCAGAAAACAUAGGAUUAUGUUUUUAUCCCCAGGGUGGCGGCGGCCGUCUUAGUGUGGAUUAAUAUGUAAGGUCAAAUUUUAAAAGGAAGUCAUCCCUAUGGCAUCUGGUGCAAUUCCUUAUGAAUGAUUCUCAGUAGUGAUUGAUAUGUCAGUCUUAAUUUUCUCCUUCUGUCCAAUUGUUUCUUGAAUGACUGGUAUCUUUCUAUUUCUUAGGACUUUUCAGUUAUUUUCAUUAUAUUAUUUUACAACCUCUGAAACUGGUUCAGUUAUUUUCAUUAGAUUACUUUACAACCUCUGAAACUGGUUCAGUUAUUUUUAUUAGAUUAUUUUACAACCUCUGAAACUGGUUCAGUUAUUUUCAUUAUAUUAUUUUACAACCUCUGAAACUGGUUCAGUUAAUUUUAUUUUUUAUUUUAUUAUUUUACUUUACAACCUCCGAAACUGGUUCAAUUUUGUUUUAAUAGAAAUUUACAGAUAAAAUACACAUUUAUUGAAUUAAAUCUUUAUUUACUUGAUAACAAUAUAAAAUACAUGUUGAAUUACAAGGGACCUCUUUUUUCAGUUAUCUAUGGCCAUGAACGCAAAGGAAUAGUCUCGGCAAAAACUAGAAUUGAUGUACUUAUUGACUCAGCGCGUCAACAUCAACCUUUCACUCACUUUCUUUCAAUACCAGUCACUUCACCAGAUGUCAUUGAAAGAUUUCAAUUUUUCAAGGCAGAGGUCCUGGACAGGUUCAGUGGGGUAAAUUAUCCAUGUCUUAACAUUAAAGUUUUAGUGCAAUACAAAUGAUGCAGAUGUAUACUUAGUCAUAUAACUUUAUAAAGUGGCCAAAGAAAAGUCAAUGAUACAGAAAUCCUACAACGGAACAGCUUUCUCGGAGUCCAAAUGCUUUUAUGAAAAUGGACAUGACAUUUAGCCUGGACAUGACUGAUUAACUGGACAUGACAGAUGGGCUGGACAUGACUGGGCUGGACAUGUUGCAAGAAAGCCAGACUGCCUAAAAAAUUAAUUUACAUUCAACUAUCCAAAAGGGGUCAUCCAAAGUAUGGUGAGGUGGGGGAGGGGGUUUGUUCAAAUGCAGACAGAAGUUGUUGGUGUAAAGGAUCUUGCAGACAUCUGAAAGAUGGCUUUUUUUUAUUUGCUCCUUUGGUGUAUUCCUCUAUAGCUGAUGCACUAAGGAAAUUUCUAAAAAUAUGUAUAAUGAUAAAUCAAUAAGAAGUUGGUAAAGACUCCUUAAGGGGUAUCACUCUGUAUCAAGGGUGGCCAACAUGAGGCCCGCGUGCCACAGCUGCCAGCCCGGAGUCAUGUUGCGGCCCGCGGAGCUAGGUCAAAUGAACAUAAAUGAUAACUUUAUUUACACAUCACCAAAAUAAUAUUACAUCAUGUGUAGUUGGAAUCAUAUUUUUUUUUAAUUAUAGGUAGGAGAAGUUGGAAAUAUCUCACAUAUUUAAAAAAAAAUCAUUGGUUUUGAGCUAUUUCAAAUAUCCUGCUAUUUGACACUCAAGGGGACUUGGUUUUUUGAUUGACUCUAGGUGUUGAUAAAAUUUAAAUGAGACUACAACUUCUAAUAUAUAUGUUGUGUGGUCUUCAGCAUCUUUAGGAAGCUCACAACACUAUCAGGCUCAUGCUCAUAACUACUUUCAUUCUCACAACACUAUCAGGCUCAUACUCACAACACUAUCAGGCUCAUACUCAUAACAACUUUCAUUCUCACAACACUAUCAGGCUCAUACUCAUAACUACUUUCAUUCUCACAACACUAUCAGGCUCAUACUCAUAACUACUUUCAUUCUCACAACACUAUCAGGCUCAUACUCAUAACAACUUUCAUUCUCACAACACUAUCAGGCUCAUACUCAUAACUACUAUCAUUCUCACAACACUAUCAGGCUCAUAUUCAUAACUACUUUCAUUCUCACAACACUAUCAGGCUCAUACUCAUAACUACUUUCAUUCUCACAACAUUAUCAGGCUCAUAUUCAUAACUACUUUUAUUCUCACAACGCUAUCUGGCUCAUACUCAUAACUACUUUCAUUCUCACAACACUAUCAGGCUCAUAUUCAUAACUACUUUCAUUCUCACAACACUAUCAGGCUCAUAUUCAUAACUACUUUCAUUCUCACAACACUAUCAGGCUCAUAUUCAUAACUACUUUCAUUCUCACAACACUAUCAGGCUCAUAUUCAUAACUACUUUCAUUCUCACAACGCUAUCUGGCUCAUACUCAUAACUACUUUCAUUCUCACAACACUAUCAGGCUCAUAUUCAUAACUACUUUCAUUCUCACAACACUAUCAGGCUCAUACUCAUAACUACUUUCAUUCUCACAACACUAUCAGGCUCAUAUUCAUAACUACUUUCAUUCUCACAACGCUAUCAGGCUCAUAUUUAUAACUACUUUUAUUCUCACAACGCUAUCUGGCUCAUACUCAUAACUACUUUCAUUCUCACAACACUAUCAGGCUCAUACUCAUAACUACUUUCAUUCUCACAACACUAUCAGGCUCAUACUCAUAACUACUUUCAAUCCAGCUUGACAAAGUUCUGUGUUAUUCUGUACUUUUGUUCUAUUAUCACCACUAUGUCUGGAGAGAUUUUAAGAUUGGUGUUAAAAUACAAAUUUAUUGGACUGAAUAAGAAAAGAUUUAAGAAGUUUUCAAAAAAACUGGACUAUAAACUACUUUUCAUGGAAAUUAAAACAAAGCCCACAUUUUUGAUUUACAAGGAAUCUGUUUCAGUUUCUGUUUUAAAAGAUUAUUACAUCAAACAAGACAAGGAGACGAAACAUGCAAAUAAGUUUGAUUAAUACAAAGGGCAAUUUUAACAAAAUCAAGCAAAUAACUUUUUUUAAAAAAUUAUUCUGCACAACAAAAGAUAUUACUAGAGCGGGUUCAGAGUCAAUAUGCUAUGUAAAAACUAGUUAUUCAGUAGCCAUGAUACGAGCAAAAAAAUGGAUGGUGAAAUGGUCAAGGAAUGUUUGGAGAGCAUUGUUGAAAUUCUGUGUCCAGAAAAGAAGGAGGAUUUCUAAAAAAUAAGCCGGUCUGGUCAGACUAUUACUAUCGGCAUUAAGAUGACAUUGGAAAAAAUAUUGAAGAUAACUUGAACAGUCAUUUUUAUUUUAUUUACAUUUAUAAUAUUUUAUUCUCUAGCAUUUGAUAAAAGCACAGAUAUGGCAGAUACUUCCCAACAGGCAAUUUUUAUCAGGGAUGUUGAAGUCCAUUUUAAAAAGACAGAAGAAUUAGCGGCAUCGCAUCCACUUAAGGACACUACUAAGUCACGAGAUUUGUUAGAGGCAGUUACAUCGAUAUUGAAUCACUUUUCGUUACAACUUAACAACUUAUCGGGCUUAACAAUGUAUAGUUCUCACAAAGAUUUAGUCAAACUGAUUGCCCAUGAGGCCUCCAAAGCUGGUAAUACUUCAAUGCUUAAUUUUCAUUGAAUUAUUAAUCAAGAGAAUUUAUGUUCGAAGUCCUUCAAAAUGGACCGUCUCAUGAAAGUGGUCGUCAAAAUAGUGAUCGUCAUUAAGUCGAAUGGGUUGAAUCACUUUCAGUUCCAAAAAUUGCUAAAGUCGUUAGAAUCAGUUUAUAAUAAUGUUACAUUUUAUGCAGAAGUAUAUAGCCUCUUCUUCCAUGACCUAUGCCAAAAUGUUGAAAGAGUGUUGGAUUUGCAGCAAGAAAUACAAUCAUUCUUUGCAAGCAAGUCAAUAAGUAUCCCAGAGUUUGAAGACAAAAAGUGGGUAUGCGACUUUACAUUUCUGGUCGAUAUAACUAGCCACCUAAAUGAUGUUAAAAAUCCUCUGCAGUGAAAUGAUCAGUUAAUUACUGAGAUGUGUGAUCAUACUUCUGCAUUUCAAAUUCAACUUGGUUUUUGGGUACUGCCAAGAUCUGACUUAUGUUUUACUAGUGAGAGGUAUCUCUCAUAUGUGAUCUCCCCUUGGCACUCUGUCUAAGAAUUGGUUUAAUUAAGCCAAAUUACCACACAGACAUGAUAACCUAUAUAUAUACCUAUAAACUAAAAUGAAGUCUUUGUUAAAGGAUAAAAUAAUUACAAGUAUUUAUUGAAUAAGGGUAUUUACAAUUUCCUUCGUAGUACACUCUUGAUGACUAAUAUAAAUAAAAAAAGGAUAUAAUGAAAUUAUAAAUGUAUAUUAAAGAAAAACAAGUGUCCCUAACAGACUGACAGUGUUAUCAUUAUUAAUGCUAUAUUUGCUCAAGGUUUUUAUGUUCAAUCUUUGUAGACUUAGCCUUUAUAGUUGCACUGAUGAUCUCGGUGGAUCAAAAAUGGGUGGGAGUUCCUUCUGUUCAUGAAGCGUGUCCUCCGUUCUGGUCUUCGGACCUUUUCCAAGCGUAGCGAAGUCGGAGUUCCCUGUCAUAGAAUCUGUGGGAUCUCUGCGAUGGGGAAGUUGACUCUCCAGCGAUAAAUCUUGGGUAGCAAGAGUCCCUGGAUCUCGAGGUCCUUCUAGUAGCCAUAGGUAGUUUGAUGUGGGACAUAAACUGAUCCCCUAGUUCCAGCUUCAAGGUACGUCGGUCCAGUAAGAAUAAACUAGGCUAAAGGCAAAAUUAAUGAUACAAAAUAGAUAAGUAUCCAGGCGAAUAGUCACAAGCAACGAAUUCAGAUCGAGGUAUUGAAGGUGACAUGGCUUCUUCAUAUUCAUCUAAUGUGUGGAUGGUUUUAUCAUUAGAAGUCUUUGUCAUUGUCGGCAUAAGCAUAUGUUGCUUCGCGACAAUGUUGGACCAAGUAAGCAUUUUAAUUAAAGUAUGAGACAUUCAAUCAUUAACAAACAUUUAUUUUAUAGUUAAAUAUAUAUAUAUGUUUUUAUUGUCAUUUUGUUAAAAGAGACAUGGGCGAGUCUGAACAACAACCUUCCAUCUCUAUAAUGGGAUGGUAGUGUGUCGUAGCCCGCGGCGAAGGCAAUAUUAGAAUACAUAAUAUAUAUCAAUCACGAUCAAAUCCCUGCUACAUAAUUAUAUGAACUUUACAAGUGCAAUAAUAAAAUAUCAAAAUCAUGGUUGCAUACUUACUAGUAUUCUAGGUUGCAGCUAUGAAGUCUUAAGUUUAGUUACCUCCAGCGUUCACAGUCAAGUGAUAAGAUCAUAAAAGACAUCUUCUGAUUUGUUCUUGCUAUUUAAUUAAGUUGGGUGAUGAUUUAAUUGGGUGGUUUAAAUGUUGUUUGUUCUCUUAUCCAAUGAUAAUCACUUUUAAUGUUAAAAUGAAUAAAACAAAGUAGGGUUAAACCUGAAAAAAGGAACGUAACAAAAAAAUGAACAUGUCGGCAGGAAGCCUUCGUCAGCGAACAAAACAACAGAAAAAACAGAAUAAUAUUAAAAAUAGCACUUAGCUUAGAAGUAGUAUCCCUGGACAGCAAAUGAAUUGUGAAUACUUUCCAUAGAUUUAUCCUUUUUUUUUGUACACACUAAGAUUUAAUAAUAUUUAUUUUUAAAUUUUCAGGAAAAAGGUGUUGAUGAAAGUUUGUUCCAGAAUCCAAAAAGACUGCAUUUGACCUUAGGGACCCUGGUCCUUCUUAAUGAUAAUGAGAUUGAGAAGGCGACAUCAUUGCUGAAAGCUUGUGAAGAGGAGCUAAUUAAGUAAGACUUUAUCGCUUUUAAUUCAGGAUCACAAAUAAUAAUUUUCUAGGUAUGUAUGUAUGGCUGUAACUUUUGCACACAAAAUAAAAUUAACAGUAUUUGGCACUACUUGGUGCGUUUUGAUAAAUUGCGUUACUUGACUGCAUGCUUUACUUGACUGCAUGCGUUACUUGACUGCAUGCUUUAUUAAGUACCUUUUGUAGGAUAUGAGGUGAGUGAACAUGACAACCCUCGCCAAUGAUUCUUAUUAUGCAGUCUUGAGGAAACUGCUCCUAAACAAACCGUUUCAUCCCAGCUACAGUGUGAAUUAGUCACAACAUAGAAACCACGUAAACCCUAGUAGAGGGCGUCUUCGUAACAACUGUCGUCUGUCCAGGAUGGGGAGGGGGGACAUAGAGACAUAAAAUAUAUCCACCCCAGCCCCUAAAAAGUCCGGCCCGGUUGCUGUGCGAGCAGCACCCCGGCCGGCCAGGUGUUCCUUCUCUGAUUUGCUGCCCUCUUGGAUACUACUUGUAAGCUAAGUGCUAUUUUUUAAUUUUGCUCUGUUUUUUCUGUUUUGUUCGCUGACGAAGGCUUCCUUCCAACACGUUCGUUGUUUUGUUGCGUUCCUUUUUCAGGUUUAACCUUACUUUGUUUUACUAAUCUCAUAACAGUGUAAAGAGAAGCAUUAGAUCCAACAAACAACAGCGUAAAGAUAAGCAUUAGAUCCAUCAAACAACAGUGUGAAGAGAAGCAUUAGAUCCAACAAACAUCAAUUUAGAAAUGUAGAUGAGCAUCCUUAUGUAGUCAAAGGAAUCAAAUUGAAUGUAAACAAAACUUAUAUACGUUUUUAAAAAAAUAUAUUUUCUAAGCCCAGUCAUACAUACAUAGAGAAUAAUUUGUUUUGAUUACCCUACAAAAAUGUUGCUGUUUUUUAUAAACUGAAUAUAUUAUAUUGCAAGAAAUGGUAAUAAACUCUUGCAAGUCUCUAGAAUUGUAAAAAAUGUUUUGCAUUAUUUAAAAGAAAUGAGUGAACAGUGUUAUUUGAAAACCUGAAAAAAAAGAACACAACAAAGGAACGUUUCUCUCUCUUAUUACUUUUCUUUAUAAUUUGAAAAGUAGGUUAUUGCAUAUUCUCAAAAUUAAGGCUGUUCCAAUGGUUGUCUAUCUUGCCAACAAUUAAUAUUUUAACUUUUAAGGAACAUUUUUAAUUAUGGUAAUUAUUCUGAAAAUGCAAUGUUAUUUCAAAGUUAGUUUCCUUUUAUAUCCAGAUAUAUAAAAGGAAUUAGGUUAUUUAACAAUUAAAAUUUCAGACCUUUUCUUCAAAAUGAAACAUUGCAAGUACCCAUAUGUGGUCUUGAGUACAUGAAUGAUGAUCCUGCAGAAGUUGAUGUCUUAUAUGCCAAAGUGCAACCUGGAAAGUCCUCUCAAAGGUAGAGAAUAGCUUGCUAUUAAAUGAAGAAAAUAAAAACCAUUUAGAUACAAAUCUUCAUUCCAUUUUAUAAACCCAUGUCAUUAGUAUGAUUUCAGUUAGAUCCUUUUUGUAGGAUACUUUCAGUUAAUCCCUUCUUGUAGAAUAGUUUCAGUUAAUCCUUUCUUGUAAGAUAAUUUCAGUUAAUGCCAUCCUGUAGGAUGGUUUCAGUUAAUCCCAUCUUUUAGGAUGGUUUCAGUUAAUCCCAUCUUGUAGAAUCAUUUCAGUUAAUCCUUUCUUGUAGGAUAGUUUCUGUUAAUCCCAAAAAAUCUCAUCCUCACUCAUGGCGUUUCCUUUCAAAAUAUUAUAUCUUUAAUAGUAACAUGUUAUAGUAUUUAGUAUCAGAUAUGUUUCUCAUUUAUCAUAGCCCAAAUAUUGUGUCGAUUUUCUGAAUACAUAAUUAAAUAUGCGAUGAAACAUAGUAACGAGUGAUUCACAUAACAAGCCAAACUUAAGCUUUGUUAUUAUAAAUUAAAGUUAAUGAAGUCAAUCAUAAAUAUCAAUAUAUAUGAUAAUGGUAUUUUUUUUUUAUCUUCAGAUUGCAGGAAUUAGUUGACAUAAUUGUAAAUAAGUUUACAAGUGAGGGUGUGGUGAAACGUGAACAUGAUCAUGUGAAAAUGCAUGUCACUGUGAUGAAUACACUCAUGAGGAAAGAUCCCUCUGCCAUAUCUGAAAACCAAUCUGCCAAACAUGGUAUCAAGCUGCGUGAGUCGUUUGAUGCCAGGGAAAUUCUCAAGGUGAGUGUAAAGGGCUCAUGAGUUUCAUAACAUUUGAACGCAUUAAAAAAAAAAGAACAAUUGCUAAAGACACACCUUUUGUUUUGAAAUAAAACCUUUUCAACCAAUUGAUGAUAUAGUAUUGGAGUUUAAACACAAAAACCUAAAUACUUGGCAGUGAAAUUUUAAGUCAUAAAGAGAUAUUUGUUGAAUAUAGAUUUUAAUGUCCUUUGCCAUGUUUUCUGUGCCUAGAGCAUGUAGAUAUGAUCUGAGGGGAAGUUUGUUGUGAGUCAUUUACAUAGCAGUGUCUUUUAUGAGUCAUUUACACAGCAGUGUCUUUUAUCAGUCAUUUACACAGCAGUGUCUUUUAUGAGUCAUUUACACAGCAGUGUCUUUUAUGAGUCAUUCACACAGUAGUGUCUUUUAUGAGUCAUUUACACAGCAGUGUCUUUUAUGAGUCAUUUACACAGUAGUGACUUUUAUGGGUCAUUUACACAGCAGUGACUUUUAUCAGUCAUAUUUACAGCAAUAUCUUUUAUCAGUCAUUUACACAGCAGUGACUUUUAUCAGUCAUUUUUACAGCAAUGUCUUUUAUGGGUCAUUUACAUAGCAGUGACUUUUAUGGGUCAUUAACACAGCAGUGUCUUUUAUCAGUCAUUUACACAGUAGUGCCUUUUAUCAGUCAUUUACACAGCAUUGUCUUUUAUCAGUCAUUUACACAGCAGUGUCUUUUAUCAGUCAUUUACACAGCAGUGUCUUUUAUGAAUCAAUUACAUAGCAGUUUGUAAAACUAUAACUAAAUGUGACAAUAUUUACAUGUAACUGAAACUAUAGAGCAGGCCUGCACAACUCAAAAUAUAAGGCGGCCAUAAUACUUAAUGAAAAACUUGUGCAGGCCAGAAGAAAAUAGGACAGGGCUUGUGCGGGCCGAAAGAAAAUAUGACAUAGACAGAAAAUAUUAAGAAAAUAAAAAGAAUAAAGAAUAUUUUGUUACUUCCCGGGCCGCAAAGUGGGUGCAGGCCUGCUAUGGAGGGUUUACGUGUAAUAAUGGGCCAUGAAAGUUUAACUGAAUGUAGUCUAGGAAAUAUCUAGGUCAAUUCAAGGUGAGGCAUUUGGUGGGACAUUCAUUCAAUAUCUUUUAUAAUGAAAUGGGAUUUUUUGUUAUCAAUGCAAUUAUGAUUCAAACAGUGCUGCACUGAAAUGUAUUGUUCAAUGCCAGAAAGAUUAAACAUGAUGCAGGUUACAUUAUAAAACACAAUGGAUAAAUAGUGUGUGUGUGUUGGUCUGAAGCAGAAAACACUUUUGAACGUCAUGAUGUGGCACAAUGAAAUUGAAACUAAAUGUUAUCUCAUAAAUGUUCUGAUUUCAGUUUCAUUUCAAUAUUUAUUUAUUUAUUGUUGUUUCAGACAUUCCAAGAUUUUAACUUUGGCUCACAACAUAUUGCAAGCAUUCAACUGUCACAACGUCACAGCACAAAUGUCAAUGGAUAUUAUAACUGUGCUUCAUAUAUUUCUUUGCCAUAAUGCCAAUUCCAAUAAAUAUCUUAUUAGUGCAGAUAGACUUCAGAUGGUGUGGUAGUAGAUACAUAUUUAAUGCAAUAGAAAACCAGUAAUAUGUAAUAGAAGGUGUCAAUGAGAAGUCAGCAAUAUACUACUCUAGAAAUGUCUAUAGUUGACCUGCAUUUGGAAAUCAGCAAAGUUUUAAAUAGAAAUGUCAAGUGUAGUCAAGGCAUUCUUGAAUCUUCAAAAAUACAAUUAUGAGAUGGUUGAAACGUUUUAUUCAUAUGUCUAUUAUUAAAUACAAAUUAAAUGUAUUACUCGGAAAUAUUACAGCAAAGAUUGAAUAUCACUGAGAUUAUUGUUGAAUUUGUUAUUUAUUGUUCUGUGGAUAAAUUUAUAAAAUAAAAGAUUAUGGUUUUUUAUUAGGUACGAGUAACUAAAAUGCAUGAUCUGUUUAUGUGCAAGCUGGGGGACUUUCAAAGGAUUGUAAAUCACUUUAAAUCUUAGUGCUCUAGCCAGUGGGAAAUGAUUCUAUUUACUUACUCAUGCCUUUUAACCAGCCUGGGGCAUAGGCUGUCUACAAGAAUUUUCCAGUCAUCUCAGUCCUGUGCUUUCCUUUCCCAUUGUUCCAGGAGUGUCCUAUACUUAUUGUAUCUGCCUCUAGCUCCCAUCUCCAUAUAUUCUUAGGACUUCUCUUUUUCCCUGUGGAUUCCAUGAUAGGUCUGGUGAUGGUAUUUGGGGCUUUGUAAAGAGUGUGCCCAUCUACCUUCAUCUUUUCAGGAUGAUCCACCAUUUCUGUCAAUGGUGCUGCCCAAGUAUGUAAAGGCCUCAACUUCUUCCAGUGCAUUUCCUACCAGAGAGAUGGAUGCUCUUGGUUGGCCGAGUUGACCUUCAUGAUCUUUUUCUUGCUUUUAUUCAUAUUGAGUCCGACCUUUGCUGAAAUGGUGGCUACCUCUUUAAUCUUUUCCUGCAUUUGUUUCUGGUUUUGGGACAGAAGUGAAUUGUCAUCUGCAAAGUCUACCACCAUGCAGUUCAUUUUUUUAUUAGAGCCUUGAAUGAUCCUGAAUAGUUUUCCUGGUACCUCAUAAUGCCGGAGAAGUUUCCACAAGGUUUGUUGGUCCAGACUAUCAAAGGCGAUUCAGUUGAUAAAGCUUAGUUUACUGCUCUCUGCCCUGGUGCUGCUGUUGUUAACUGCUCUCUGCCCUGGUGCAGCUGUCGUUUACUGCUCUCUUCAUUUCUUUCCUCUCGUUUAUUUUUUGCACCAUGGUGAGUGAGAGCAAGUCUCUGUUGUUGAGUGAGAGCCAAGCUUUGUGUUGAGUGAGAGCCAAGCUUUGUGUUGAGGGAGAGACAAGCUUUGUUUUGAGUGAGAGCCAAGCUUUGUUUUGAGUGAGAGCCAAGCUUUGUGUUGAGUGAGAGCCAAGCUUUGUGUUGAGU